UGGAAUGCUAACGAAGGUGAUGAUAAAAUUAGCGUUCGAUACUUAUAUUAACGGUGUUUUUCUUAACCGUUUUUUCCGCUUGUGGUUCAAUGUGAAUGUACCAUUAUUCUUGGGGUUCGCUGAAAAUGGCUGGACGAUUUGAAGCGUCGUACAAGAAAUCUUUCUGCGAGAAGCAUUCWACGAUUUAAAGAACUUGUACAAAUAGUGAGCGUCGGCAUAAAAUGCACGUCAGUCAAGUGAAUCUCUUUCAUUUUGAUUUAUUCAUUGCUUAAAAGUAUUUUACUAGACAUAAAAGUGUCAACAAAAUGGGUGUAUUUACGAGGGAAAUCUUUUACUCUCAUUGUUAAUUAGCAAACAAUCCUUCAAGUGCCGUUUGUAAACAACGGAAAAGAUUCAAAAGACAGGAAGUCGAGCUAAGAGACAAUCUUAAAAUGGAAACAAAAGGCUACCAACACAACAACUUAAUGGAUUUCGACGACCUAGAAGACAAUAAACGAAAUUCAACGUCAGACAAUUCAAUGUCUUGGCUGUCAAUUUUAGCAGAGUUAGAAAUACAGCCUGAUGUUACAGCAGCUUCCUCUGACACCACAACAAUAGRAAAUCAAAGUAAUGCGAACCCUUCAUCAUAUAAUCCUUUUAGAGCAACACAGCCACAAGAGUUUGUAAAUCMAACGUAUGGAAAUGCUUACUCUGGAAGCCAGAGACCAGGGGACUUGUUUCUGGAUAGUCUUAUUCAUAACACUUCAAAUCAAACAUUUCAACCUACAAACACAUCAACAGCAUUGAACCUUMAAGGUUCUCAWUCAGAUGAAGAUGUUUCUCCUACUCAMUCUGUGAAUACAAGAGUAGGAGCUACUGGUUUUGAUUAUAACAAUAUUAGRUCAGCAAGUACUUCAAGUCUAAGAUCACUGACACCUCCUCCUUUACCYGUCAAAGUGAACAAGUAUGGUCAUUUUGAUGCUGAUUCAUUUACUGCUUCUAUAGAAAGACUKGAUCAGUCUCCUCUUCAAGUGAAAUUGGACACAAACAACCAGGAGAGUAAAUAUGUCAAUGAUAUGUCAUGGAAAAUGUCUGAUGCAUAUGAAGGAAUUGGUUCAAGAACAAACAGCGUCAGUUCCACUGGAUCCUUCCAUCCUUAUGACAGCAUUUCUUUAAAGAAGAAUUUUUCUAUUCGGUCUAUGAGAAGUACUGAUUCUGACAGCAGUACUGAUAGAUUCUUACAAGUCAGAAAUACAAGAGGAGAUGCUACAGUUAAUGAUACAAGUGAUCCCAAAGAGUUUUUGAAUGAAACAUAUUUUAAUUUUCCAGAAACUGCAAACUCUGUGGCAARACAAGAAGGUCCUCUUCAAGUUAAACUCCCAGACUUGGAGACUGAGGAAAGAGAGUUUUUUGGUUACAAACAUUCUCAAUCUUCACCCACUGUUUCACCAUCUUCUCUUAAAACUGCUGAAACUUACCGUUACUCAGUUGGUGACAGCAAAAAGCCACAGCAUCUCACCAGCACAUCUAGCAAUACUUCUCAGUCACCUAAAGAUUGGAUACCAGGAGGAGGGCUUUUUGAGGUUGCUAGGGAGAGGAAUGUGGAAGUUAUUGCAUUUGGAAAGGUACUUUCUGAUAUUCGCAGCAAAUUUCCACAUGAUGAGCCUUCUAAUCGUGGUUAUGUAUUAAGCCCUGCGUUACCGCCAAGCUUUGGUGAGGAAGCUUAUGAUCUUGACACUGAAGUUCCUGUUGUGAUUUACACAGAGAGUAGAAGAGACACAAUACGCUUCAUUAUUAAUGUUCAUAAACCUGUACGUGAACUGAUUGAACUCAGUAUCAGUUGUUUAUCUGAUACUUAUAUCUCUGACACCACAGAUAGUGGUAUCUGCAAUGUAUUUCUUUUAAAAGUCUGUGGGAAAUCAGAAUACCUUGAAGCAGAGAGAGAGCUGGUUGACUAUGAAUAUGUCCAACAGUGUUUGAAAUUACAGCAAGAAGUGCAGUUUGUGUUGAUGGAAAGUGACCGKGUAUCCAGAGCUCUAGCACGUAAAGCUGAUGAUGAUGAUGUUGAUUUGAUUCCAAGGAACUACAAAGACUUCUUUGAUCUGACUAACAGUACUGCCAUUUCUCAGUAUGGUCUAACAGUACUAAUGGGGGCUUUUAGUGACGAAGUAACAAAAGUUUUACAGGAAACAACCAACCUUGUAGCACCACGCUUUGAACCAAGUAGAAUCAUUCAGUCUGUGAAAGCGAUCUGUGCAAUGCUUGCAAAUAUUGAAACAAGUGAAAUACAUAGUGCAGUAGAUGCCCUUAAUGAACUCUAUCUACAGAGAGAAACUCCUGAUGGUCACCGGAAAGCYCCUGACUCAGAUUCAAUUGACCGAAUCCURACAAGAUUGAAUGAUUCAGUGUUAAUGUUGGUUGAGAUGUAUUGUGAAGCAUUUGAUACAGAYUUCACUGCAAGUAAAAUCAACAGGCCAGGUUUGUCAGGUACAGUGGAUAUCUCUUCAAUGACAGAGAACCUCAGGAUCCGUAUUGCAUCAGCACAUCGCCUGCCUUUUAACUGGAAACAGGAAUAUGAGUACUUUGAGGUACAAGUAGGGGUCUACUAUGGGGGAGCACUUCUUUGUCCAAUYGAGGUGACCCCCCUGAGURUAAUCAGCAAGAAGUUUUUAGAACACCUACGUUGGGAUGAGUGGCUUGAAUUUCAAAUCCAAGUUCGACAACUACCUAGAGAAUCACGCCUGUGUGUCACCCUCUAUGGUUACACAGCCAUUACCAAAGGUACCGCACCCCACACCCCACAGGUUCCUUUAGGAUGGGUUGCCAUGCAACUCUUCAACUUCAACGGUGUCCUGGCAUCUGGUACACAACUUCUAGGACUUUGGCCUGAUGAUAAGUCCAACCCAGUCGGUGCUUGCACAUCCAAUCUUCUUCAUCCUGCWAGUGUGCUAAUGCUUGUUGAGUUUGAGCGGUACUUGGCUGAGAUUAUUUUCCCCGAUUGCAUUGCCCUCCSCAUAGAUAACGUAAGGGGGGACAUUCCUGAAGMGGAUUAUGGUGUCUAUGAACAGAUUCUUGAGAAAGACUUGUUCAACGAGCUGAAACCAGAAGAGAAGAAAGCACUUUGGGACUAUCGCUACUACUGUUGUAAAGUUUCCAGGGCACUUCCGCUUAUCCUGUCAUGCAUUGAAUCAUGGGAAUACAAACACUUGCCUGAAAUCUAUCGGCUGCUGGAGGUCUGGACUCCAAUGUUUCCCGUUGACGCUAUGGAGUUGCUUAAAGUGAACUUCCCUGACUGCAAAGUACGUGCAAUGGCAGUACGUUGGAUGGGUAAUUUCAGUGAUGAUGAGCUGUGUGAUUAUCUACCACAACUUGUCCAAGCACUUAAGUACGAGAUUUACCAUGACUCUCCACUGGCGCGUUUUCUGAUCCGCCGCGCCCUUGGCAACGUAAGGCUUAUGCACUCAUUGUUUUGGUAUCUCAAAGACAAGAUUAACGACCCUCAGUUUGGACAGCGUUUUCAGGUCAUACUCGGUGGUCUUUUAAGUGUUUGUGGCGAUGCUCAGAGAGAAGAGUUCACUUUCGAAGACGAACUGGUUGCUGAAUUGAUCAAAAUUGCGCAAAAAGUCAAAGAUUCUCCUAACUCUGGUAGGACGAACAUGUUGCAGCAGGAGMUUGCAGCAUUAUCAGGAAGUUUGCCAUGYAUGUUUCGUCUACCAUUGACWCCUAGUAUGGAGGUGAUCGGCCUCGAUGUCAGGUCGUGUGGAUAUUUCACCUCAAACUCGGCACCGCUCCGACUCGUCCUCAGCAACUCAGAUCCUUUUGGAGAAAAUGUCAACGUCAUUUUUAAGAUGGGAGAUGACAUGCGCCAAGAUACGCUGACCAUGCAGCUCGUGGGCAUCAUGAGUAAGAUUUGGUUUCGUGAGGGACUAGAUCUGAAGAUAAUUACAUAUCAAUGUAUGGCGUUAGGGCCUGGGAUUGGCAUGAUUGAGAUCGUUGGUGAUGCACAGACGCUUAGRGAAAUCCACACAGAAUUUGGUCUGACAGGAUCUUUCAAAGAUGAACCAAUCGCACGAUGGCUGCUGAAGCACAACCCUGACGAGAAAGAUUAUAGGAUAGCUGUCGAUAACUUUACARCCUCAUGUGCAGGCUACUGUGUUGCAACAUAUGUGUUAGGGAUCUGUGACCGGCACAACGAUAAUAUCAUGAUUAGGAAAAGUGGUCAUCUAUUCCACAUMGAUUUUGCCAAGAUUCUCGGUCAUGCKCAGAUGUUUGGUACAUUCCGACGUGAUCGGGCACCCUUUGUGUUAACUCCUGACAUGGCUUUCGUCAUCAAUGGSGGCUAUCAGCCAAGUAGUCGUUUCCAGGACUUUGUCGAUCUUUGCUGUAGAGCAUUCAACUUGAUCCGUCGCCACGAUAACUUGUUCUUGAACCUCUUGUCACUAAUGUUGAAUUCUGGAAUAUCUUCAUUGAGUAGUGUUCAYGAUUUGAAGUACAUACGGGACUCGUUGCUGCCCAAUGUAAGCGAAGCGGAYGCAACGGCGACGUUUACAARGCUCAUUCAUUCAAGUCUGACGUCGUGGUUCACACAAGUGAACUUCUUCAUUCAUAACGUYGCGCAGCUUCGUGAAGUGAGCCAACUCAAGCGCUCAAGCUCCAACAAUCCCAACUCCGUUCUUACCUUUGCCCCGAAGACUUACACCGUAGAUACAGACGGUUAUAUCGAGUCUGCUAGAGUUGUGGACUUUCAGAAGCGUCAUACGCCCGCUGAGAAGUACUAUAUCUACGUGAUUAAUGUCUGUCGCGUCACUGAUACCAAACCAACGUUURUCUUUCGUCGUUUCGUCCACUUUCAAGAACUCCAUACCAAGCUGCUUGAGUUGUUCCCAGAGGCAAAUCUCCCUCGACUUCCUGCAAGGAUUUACCUUAGAAGGUCACAGAUUCGUACUGUGGCAGAAAAACGCCGARCAGAGCUUGACAGCUACUUACGGCACAUUCUGAUGAUGCCGAGUGAAAUAGCCGAGAGUGAUGCCAUCUACACCUUCCUUCACCCUCUCCUGCUGGACGAAGAAGAAGCAUCGAAGUUUUCGAUCCAGUUACUUCCUGAGGAGAAAUGUGAUCGACCAAUCACAGGGGAGAUAAAGCUAUCGUUACGCUUUGAGAGGGAGUCACUUCGAGUUAUGGUGAUGCAUGCUAAGAACCUAGCACCACGUGGCACUAGUGGCCUUGCCGACCCUUACGUCAAGCUGUACUUAUUACCAGACCCCGAAAAGGCGACCAAGAUUAAAACUAAGGUUGCUAAAAGGACACUGAACCCAACAUACAACGAAACUCUUGUGUACAACAACCGCCCUCGAGGAGAACUCGAUCGUCGACAACUUCAGGUCACCGUWUGGGAUGACAGAGUUGGAGAAAAUGAAUUCCUGGGAGGUGUUUUGAUUGAUUUAUCAACGGUUGAUCUUACUGUAACCAACACUCGAUGGUAUGAUUUGGUUGAUCUCAGAAAGUAGAAGAGGUCGAAGUACUGUAGACUGACAGUUGGAGUAAAAACACAGCAGUACUACAGAUUUCUAAUAACGCUUUCUGAUAUCGAUAUAUGCGACAGUAAACUGUAUCUUGUCAUUGGCAUUGAUACACACCAAAUAAUAUUGUUGUCAUACUAUUGGCAUUGUAUUUGUCCUGCAUAAUUUAMAGGACGCUUUUUGAAUCCUACCUAAGAAAUGCUCUCGGCUUUCGGAGGAUCUUUGAAGGCUCAAGUCAUACUGAUACACAGUCUUUUGAUGACUGAUUAUUUUAUAUGUGUAUAUUAUUUUGAUAAAUUUUAAAAUCCCAUCGAAAASAUUUCCUUAGAUAUUAAUCUUUAUAAAAUUCUAGCUGAUAAAAAUGAAUGUUGUAAAUAUAUUAAUUGACUAACAAAUAAACUGAAUUAAUAUGGUGAUCCUUUGCAA